AUGCUGCGCGUCCCCAUCAUGCCGCCAUCCUGUCCCCCGUGUGUGGCCAUGCGUGUGCCUAUGGGGCCGCUGUCCCUGCUGCUGGCGCUGUCCCUGCUGUCCCCCCCGUGGGGGUCUGCGGCAGGGAGCUGCCCCCCGCGCUGCGUCUGCGCCUCCAACCUGCUGAGCUGCUCGCAGGCCAACCUGAGCGUGGUGCCGACGCCGCUGCCGCGCUUCACCGCCGUGCUGGACCUGAGCCACAACAACGUGACACGGCUGCGCGCCGACUGGGCGCCGGCGCGGCUGCCGCACCUGCACGCGCUGCUGCUGAGCCACAACGGGCUGGCCUUCGUGUCCACCGAGGCCUUCACCCACGUGCCGCGCCUGCGCCACCUCGACCUGUCCUCCAACCGCCUGCGGACGCUGGAUGAGAACCUGUUCAGCGACCUGGGCGAGCUGGAGGUGCUGCUGCUGUACAACAACGAGAUCGCCACGGUGGAUCGCACGGCCUUCGAGAACCUGGGCCGGCUGCGCAAGCUCUACCUGGGGCAGAACCGCAUCGCCCGCUUCCCGCUGGAGCUGCUGCGGGAGGGCACCCGGCUGCCGCAGCUGGCGCUGCUGGACCUGUCGGCCAACCGGCUGCGGGCCGUGCCCGCGGGGGAGCUGCAGGCGCUGCCUGCCUGGCUGCGCGACCGCCUCUACCUGCACAACAACCCCCUCAACUGCGACUGCCUGCUCUUCCAGCUGCUGGACCGCGGCCGCCGCCGCCACCUCAGCGCCGUGGAGGAUUUCCAGGAUGAGCUGCGCUGUGCCCUGCCCGGAACCGGCACUCAGGUCAAGAUCCUGGACCUGGCGGGCAAGCAGCCUCUCAACUGCAGCAAAGCACGGGAGGCGGUGCUGGAGGCGCACCUCGGGGACACCGUGACGCUGGGCUGUGACAGCCGGUGGCAGGGGGUGCGCAGCCGGCACUGGGUGACGCCGGGCGGGGACAGGGUGCUGGGGGACGGGGGCAAUGGCAGUGUGGUCCUGCUGGCUAACGGCAGCCUUGAGCUGCGGGCGCUGCGCCCUGAGGACACCGGCACUUACUCCUGCUGGGUGGCCGGACCCCUCCUCAACGAGACCGUCUACGUGGAGCUGCUGGUGCACAACUUCACCCUGCACGGCCCCCACGACACCCUGAACACGGCCUACACCACGCUGGUGGGCUGCAUCCUGAGCGUGGUGCUGGUGCUCAUCUACCUGUACCUCACCCCGUGCCGCUGCUGCUGCUGCCGCGGUGCCGAGAAGCCGCCGGCACCACGUGAUGACAGCAUCAACUCCUCGGUGCUGAGCACCACCCCGAACCACGCCGGGGGUGCCGGGGAGCCCUGCGGGUCCCACAUCGCCUCCAGCGCUGGCACGGGGCAGAAUGGCAGGUUCAAGGGUGGGGGGACACCCCCGCUGCCCGUCCGGCAGGGUCCCAAGGCGCAGAGGAAGGUGUCGGAUCCAGACUCGGUGAGUUCCGUCUUCUCCGACACGCCCAUCGUGGUGUGAGGGGACCCUGUGGGGACAGUCCCCAGGGACACGCCAUGGCAGCCACUGCAAGCUGUCCCUGGGCAGGAGGAAUGGCCAGACCCCCCACAGCUUGAGGGGUCACACUAUCACACCCCAGGACUGAGCACUGCUGCUGGCCCCCGCCAAGGUCACUGACACCAUGGGACAGUGAGAGACAAAGAUGUGACACACAGCUUUGGGACAGUCUCCCACUGUGACCUGUCCCUGGGCAGGAGAGGUGCCUGGACCCCCACCACCAUGGCCCCAGCUUUUGGGGAUCCCAUCAUCAUCCCCCAGGACUGAGCCUUGUCCCACACCCCCAGUGAAAUCACAGAGGGACCGUGAGGGACAAGGGUGUGAGGGGACACACCAUGGGGACAGUCCACCGGGACACCCUGUGUUCCUGCUGCUGCUGUGACCUGCUCCCCAUGGACAGAAGGGGUGGCUGGACCCCUAUGCCAUGUCCCCAACUUGGGGGUCAACACCACUGCCCCCCAGGACAGAGCAUCACUGCUGGCCCCCACGGUCACUGCGCAACCGCAAGGGACAAGGAUGUGAAAGGACACUGCAUGGGGCAGUCCCCAUGUGGCCUGUCACCGGGCAGGAAGGGUGGCCAGACCCCCACCACCAUGUCCCAGCUUUUGGGGGUCCCACCAUCACUCCCAGGACUGAGCAUCAUCCCUGGCCCCUGCUGAGAUCGCUGGGGGACUGCGAGGGACAGGGGCGUGAGGGGACACACCAUGGGGAGUCCCCAGGGACAUCCUGGGUCCCCACUGCCACUGUGAGCUGUCCCCAGGCAGGAGGGGUGGCUGGACCCCCAUCACCGUGUCCCCAGCUUUUGGGGGUCCCAGCAUCAGCCCUCAGGACUGAGCAUCAUCCCUGGCCCCUGCCAUGGUUGCUGGGGGACUGCAGUGGACAAGAGUGUGGGGAGACACACUGUGGGGACAAUCUGCUGCUGUGACCUGUCCCUGGGCAGGAGGGAUGAUCAGACUCCCACCACCGUGUCCCUCGUUUUUGGGGGUCCCACCAUUGCCCCUCAGGACUCAGCAUUGCUGCAGGUCACUGCAGGACCACAGGGACAAGUCUCUGUGAGGACAACGUGGCCACCAGCUGCAGGGCAUCAGCCCCACCAGGCACUGGAGGACCAAGGGACAGUGACAGUGGCACCCGUGAGCCCCCAGGAAUGGCAGCACCACAGGACCCCCCUCCCUGCAGCUCUGGCCCCCCAUUCUCCCCAGCCCCUCUUGGCAUGUGCAUGGCCAAGCAUGAGUCCCCCGGGGAGCAUGUGCCACCCCCAGGGGGACACCGGGGGGUGUCACCCCCCUGGGGAACCCCCAACACCCUCCUGGCCCCCCCUGCAACCCACAGCUGCAAACAAAGCCCCCUCCCCCACAGGGGGUGGGACCCGCGGGCUCCGGCACCCCACAAAGGUGGUGCCCCCCUCACAUCCCCCUGCCAGCCCAGCCUGUGUCUCCCUGCCCCCACCUGGAUGCUCCCCCCCUGCACUGGGCAAUGCCCAUUGAUGCCUUGGCCAAAAUAAA